UCGCGCGCUGCUGCGCCUGUGCCUUUGCACGCCACGUGACCGGAUGUUUGUGGCGGCAGGUCCUGUGCUGCCCUUCGCCAAUUGAGGAGGUUGUAAACCCAUGAAAUACAUUUGCAGAAAGGCCAUUUUAACUUAGAUACGAUUUCUCCAGUUUCAACCUCCACAAGCUUAAGCAUCCAUUCAAACAAAUGCAGCAUUAAAAAUCUCCAGCAUAGAACCUUCAAGAAGGUUUGUGAGAGGUAACUGAUAAUCACUAUGUUUUUAAGUGUACUGGAACUAAUGAUCAGGAAAUAAUCUAUUCAAAAACCAGAACUUCAUGUCAAGUGGCUCAGUACAGCAAAACAAUUGCUUAGUUUCUUUGCUAACUGGCUUUGGAGAAAAAUUAUAAAUUUUUUAGAUUUUCAGAAAAAUCCAGAUUUUUAAUGUAAUCAUCAGAAAAUUCCUCUUCCAUUCCCUGAUCAAUUGCUUGGUUUGAGAACUAAUUUUUGUCCACCUACUAAACCACUCCCUUAAAGUGCUUGUGAGACUCCAAGAGAGGUAUUUUCUUUUUCCCUAUCACUUUUUCUUGAACUCAAUAUAUACUCGUGGAUAUCGUCAACAUUUGGAGCAUGUCAUCAUGGCUAGAUUUCGGAGGAAAAUGUGGAUCACCUUACUGCUCUUCCUUUUGUUUGUUUUUGGUGUCAUGAUGGGCUUGAAGGCCCUGAGACCUGAGGGCGCUGGAUUUAUAGAUGGUGUAGGACUUGAACUAUUGCCACAAAUUCGACAUCGAGCUGCAGUCAAUAACCGGAAAGCAAAUACCCCCAGUACUGAAAGGUCAGCGGAAAGUGGCCCUCUUCCUGGUAAUUCAAAUAUGGACGGACGGCAGCAUGCGACACUCAGUCCCAUGUCUGAUGAAAAACGUGACCAGCUUCCUGCAGUGAAUUAUGAUCUACAUGCAUUUUAUUACUCGUGGUAUGGAAAUCAACAGAUUGAUGGUAAAUACAUACACUGGAAUCAUCCACUAGUUCCCCACUGGGAUCCUAAAAUAGCAAGCAGCUAUCCCAAAGGAAGGCAUAAUCCUCCUGACGACAUUAGCUCCAAUUUCUAUCCUGAAUUAGGACCUUACAGUUCCAGGGAUCCAGCAGUCCUCGAUGAGCACAUGAGACAAUUUCGAGCGGCAGCAAUAGGUGUGUUGGCCCUGUCCUGGUAUCCACCUGGAUUGUCCGAUGAUAAUGGCGAGCCCACCGACGAUCUAGUGCCAGCCAUACUGGAAGCUGCACAUAAAUAUCAAUUAAAGGUCACCUUUCACAUUGAGCCGUAUGAAGGAAGAGAGCAUACUUUCCACCGUAAUCUGAAAUACAUCAUUCACAAGUAUGGAUCCCACCCUGCAUUUUAUAGACACAAAACUAACUCGGGAAAAUCCCUUCCGAUGUUCUACAUUUAUGAUUCGUAUAUCACUAGCCCAGGAUCUUGGGCCAACCUUUUCUCUGCUUCAGGAUCGAGUUCAGUUCGAAACACUCAAUACGACGCACUGUUCAUUGCCCUUAUUGUCGAAGAACAACACAAAAAUGAAAUUUUACAGGGUGGAUUUGAUGGCAUGUACACAUACUUUGCAACAAAUGGAUUCUCUCAUGGUUCCUCUCAUCAAAACUGGCAAGCAAUAAAAGAUUUCUGUGACAGCAAUAACCUUAUGUUUAUCCCAAGUGUAGGACCUGGGUAUAUAGACACCAGCAUUAGGGCUUGGAACAACCAUAAUACAAGAAACCGUGUCAAUGGCAAAUAUUAUGAGACUGCUUUAAGUACAGCCCUUCUAAUUCGUCCAGAAAUAAUCACUAUAACUUCAUUUAAUGAGUGGCAUGAAGGAACUCAGAUUGAGAAAGCUGUUCCCAAGAAGACAAGUCAAGUGGUUUAUCUGGACUACCUGCCUCAUAAGCCAGACAUCUACCUGGAGAUAACUCGGAAAUGGGCAGAAAAGUUUCACAAAGAGAAAGAACAGUGGCUGAUGUGAAUGUUUUCAAUCUUGCUUUCAUAAAGGAAUAAAGUAAUAUUGAUCUGUGCAAUCAAGAACUAAGUUUUUUUUCAGGUGAGGGGAGGGUUUAUAGCGGUGGGGGAAUGGAAGUCAUCGCUCAGUCUUGUACUUUAAUGGUGUCAGCCAAGGGUCAAAAUUCAAUGUUCAGUGACUAGAUAAAAUCAUACUCGUACUGAGUUGAGGAAAUGCUUGUAUUCUUUAUAGUAUAUUUCAGGAUAUUCCAGAGUGCAUGACGUCCAAGUAUCCCAAAAUAGUGCUGUAGAAAAUGUCGGAAUUACUUGGAUUAUAGCAAGCUGAUCCAAACAGCAAUGUGGUAGUGACCAAGUAGUCUAUUUUAGUAAAUCUAGCAAGAGAAAACUAAUAACCAGGAUAUUGCAGAUAACUCUGCUUUUAAUCCCAUUCUGACAUGUUAGUUCAUGGCCACCUCUACUGCUACGAUGAGGCAACAUUCAGGUUGGAGGAGCAACACCUUAUAUUCCAUCUGGGUAGCUCCAACCUGAUGGCAAUAACUUUGAUUUCUUGAACUUACUGUAAUUGCCUUCUCCCUCCCUCCUGUCCUUCACCAUUCCCCAUUCCUGUUACCUUCUUUCACUUUAUCUCCUUACCUGCCCAUCAGCUCCAUCUGGUGCUCUUCUUCCUUCCAUGAUCUUCUGUCCUCUCCUAUCAGAUUCUCCCUUCUUCAGCCCUUUAUCUCUUUCACAACCAACCUCCCAGCUCUUCUCCCUCCCUUCCCCUCUUGCGGUUUCACCUAUCAUCUGCCAACUUGUACUUCUUCCUCCCCUCUCCCCACCUUAAGUCUGACUCCACCCCCCCCCUUCAUUUUCAGUCCUGAUGCAGGGUCUUGGCCCGAAAUGUCAACUGUUUACUCCUUUCCAUAGAUGCUGCUUGAUCUACUGAGUUCCUCCAGCAUUUUGUGUCUGUUACUCUGGAUUUCCAACAUCUGCAGAUUUUCUUGUGUUCCUGCUAUUUAAUAGUUCCAUGGGAUGUUUUACAAAGAUUCUAUGACAGUGGAUGGAAAUUAGGGUACUUUUACAAAGCACUAUAAACUUAGAAGUUAUAAGUUUCUCCAAUUGUGAAGUGGUAACGUAAAACUAGGUACAAUCUAAUGGUUGUCAACAGCUUUGAGUUACCGUUAAUAUACAAUCUUAAUUGAGUGUUUGCAAAUAGUUCCGCCAUUGAGAGCAGGCUGCAGGCACCUUUGCCUGUUAAUGGUGUCAUAAUGAUCUGAGUAAUCUCUCCUACUCAGCGCCCAGUUGCUCAGUACCCCAGCACAAUCCAAGUGUCCACUCUAGACCUCCCUGUACCAUUUGAUAAUCGGUUCAUACAACAUGAGGAUCAUGACUUUGAGCUACUUGUAGGCGCUAACUAUCAAAUUACUUGAAUUAUGAAUGCUUAAUUGUUGUGACACUGAAUGCCUUUGGGGAUGAUUAGGCUAUCAGUCACAGUUAAUAUUGAAGAAUUUCACUAUGUUUUCAGCGAUGUAAUGGGUUGGGGAAAGAAUCAUUUAAUUUUGUUUUGUUACAAUGCAGAUAAUGUCACAGUUUACUUGUGUUUCUUGUGGACAAGAAUUUGAGAAAAUGUUUAUCUCGUGGUUUCAGCUGGGCAAUGGAAACCGCAUGCCGGCUUGCAUUUCUUAAGAUGUUUCUCAACAUGUAAAACUACUGUAUAUUGGCAUUAUUUAAACUUACCGUACUCUACUGUGUGGCUAAAAUAUAGACUUAUGAUUGGGAGGGCUACUACAUGUGAAAUUAACACUUGAAAUAAUUUUUGUUGUUACUUUUUACCGUACCUGUGGAUUUUCUCAUUUAUUUGUUGGUAAAGGAUUGAUUACUGUCAGAUUGUAAACUGAAGGUUCAAGGUUUUUAUUGUUUAACGAUGAAUAAGGAUAUUUUCAUUUUGUCUGUGAAUUGAGGUAACUGUGUUCUAGCACACUAGCAUACAUAAUUGUCUGAGGGUUUACUCUACUUUUCACAAGUCCCAGUUCUCUGCUUUAACAGUAAAAGCUGCAGUAUAUAGUGGUUAUAUUUUACAAUAUAAGUUCAUUUAGUAAUACUAAAGAAAAAAUGCAUUUUUUCUGUUAGUAGAUAACCUUUUGUAUUAACCUCAAUGCCCACAUACUGAAUAAACCAUCCUGAACAUUUGGAAUUAUACCUCUACUAAUGCAUGCCAAAGGACAGCCUUCAAUUGCACUUGGGUGGACUAGUUCAGUAUAAUUUUGUUUUAUUUUUCUCCCCCAAGUUUAAUUUUGAAAAUAUAUUGACCAGAGUGGAAAUUUCUGGUAAUUUUCACCUGUAACCGCCAGAUUCGAUGGGCUGUGUUAAUCUAGGGGAAGACAGUCGCCUCCCCUGCCAAACUGAUGAAAUCUCAUUUCUACGGAUGCUGCGUGAUGUGUUCCCGUUACAACUCAGUACCACGAAAGAUCAGACGGUACACCAGAUGCAAUCAAACAGUUGAGCUUUAUAAUUCUUAAGUUAGUACAGAAACAAAGAGAAAAAAGGCCCAUUUUAAUGAAACAGUCUGUUGUGCACUUUGGAGCUCACGAUUUUCCGUCCCAUCCAUUUCCUCCGAGUGUCAUCAACUCCCAAACCCUUACUCCAUCCUGCAGUCCACCAGCUCGCUCCUGUCAUGUCUUCUUUCUUCAUCUGUCCUUGACAAAGGACUGCGAAUACCUCCUCUCAGACACACAAAAGAAACAACACGCCUCUCAUUGGGUGGCACACAUUCCAAAGCCCUCGUUAUCUCGAGUCAUAACCCAAACAGUGCUGCUACGGAGAAACCAUAUCAUUAGCAGUGAAACCUCACAGAGCAUUACACACCCUUCCCCCUUCCCUCUUCAGUUCACCACUCUGACUCCCUUACCUCUUCUCUUCGCACUUGCCUAUCACCUUCCCCUGUUGGUCUCUCUCCUUUCUCCCAUGGUCCACUGUCCUCUUUUAUCAGAUUCCUCCUCCUCCUGCCCUUUACCUUCCAUCUGUUACCUCCCAGUUUCUUACUUGCCCCACCUAUCACCUUCUAGCUUGUAUUCCUUUCCCUCCCUUCAUUUUAUUCUGGCAUCUUUUCCCUUCCUUUCCAGUCCUGAUGAAGGGUCUCAGCCUGAAACAUCGACUGUUAGGUGCUGCCUGACCUGCUGAGUUCCUCCAGCAUUUUGAGUGUGUUGCUCUGGAAACGUACUGAUCAUAUUUUGUAUUGAUGGUUAACAUUGAAAGCUUGUGAAAUUCCAGCUUAUGCUUAACUUUACAUGACUGUAUCGUCUGGUAUUCCAGUCUUUAUAGAUGUUCUUGCGGGUUUUAAUUAUGAAGAAAGGCUCGCGUAUGGGUAGUAAAUGUAGUGGAGCUUCAAAUAUUUUAACACAAGCAAGCACACUUUAUCAUAAAUUAUUUCAUUUCUAUACCAUUACUUACAAUCCAAGUUUUUGUUGGAUGAAAUAUUGCUAAAGAUGUCAGAUGUAUGUUAUGUAAAGAAAAAAUGUUUAUUGUCACGGUAUGUGUCAAAGGGGUAAAUGCCUUGGGCUCUAGCUCGAUAAAUCAAUCAAAGAUUUUCAGAGUGCAUCUAAAUCUCAGACUUAACACUUCAGUCAUACUUGUCACCCCUAUCAUGUAAAUACAUUUAUAGACUGAACUCCUACUUCUAUAAUAUAAAACCAAUCAAAAGAUUGUAAAAUUUUGUGCUAUGUUUAUGGUGCAUGAACCUUUAAAAUUCAAAAAAUAAAGUUUAA